UGUUACCGAGGAUAGGGAGGGACUCGCAGAUGCUCUUCAUGAGGAGUAGAGCAAUACAUCAGCGACUCCAACGCGGUGCCAAAUGUUUUUAAUUCGGUUUCUGCGCCCGUUUCCCGCAGGAUGCCAUUUGGAAGAGAGAGAAAAAAAUGCGCAUAUGAAAUAAACGUGGGUGGGAUCCCUUCUGCGUUGGACACUGGAUCUAUGAUAACGAAACUGCGAGCUGCAUUUGCAGAAAUGUUGGAAAAUGUGUCUGUAUGCUGAGCAAACCGGAUGGGCUUUACUGAGGGAAAUAGCGCCGGUGUGAAUGAACGCUUUGUCCUUUGCGUCUUUUUUCAAGCCCUCGUUCUCUACCCGAGAGGAUUGUAUCCGCAUUUCCCCUCAAAUGGUGUUAUUUUCAUGUUCAUGCACUAAAUACGACGAUAUCGGACUGUUUUUACCUCAGUCGCUGUGUUUCCUUCCUCUGAGGUGACCCGACGUGAGGUGAAAAGUCUGACUGGACCUCCUUCAGAAGUAAACCAUCAACAUUUCUGGAUUGUUCGAGGAUUCCUCUUUCUAACUCUGUUUUCGGAGGCUAAUAAUUCUAGUUAUGGAUUAAAUCGUCUUUAUUAAUCGUCAGUGCUGAAGCGAAAGCCUGUUGUGGGAUUUCAAAUGAAAGCUCGUUUGAUUCGAGGGAGCCGUUUGAAAUUAAGAACCGUUAAAAAAUUUCCGUUAUUUCCCGCCACAUUCUGCAUUCGAAUGAGAUUCCCUUCUUAAUCAAUACAUUCAUCGUUUUAUGUAUAUUAUAAAAUAGAUUUAUCCCAGUGAGAAUAUUGUUACGAGACUCUGGACCCAGAGGAGGAGAUUUAGACAUCAUCUAUCGGAAGAUCUUGGACAUUUCUGUGCUGCUCUGAACUUGGGAGGCGUUUGGAUGCUCCAGGACGGAGGUGUCAUUACUGCAGUUUCCCAGAAGCCCUUGAAAAGACAAGCUAUGCCCUUUUGAGAUGACUGACACUGGAACAAACUUCAUAUCUGGACCAGGAAGCUGAUGAAUCAUGGAGAGGCUGGUGUUUUAUGUGCUGGUGUUCGGUGCUCUGGUGAAGGCUCAGCAUUGCCCGGGUCGCUGCAUCUGUCAGACCAUCUCGCCCACGCUCACGCUCCUCUGUGCCAAGACCGGCCUGCUGUUCGUGCCGCCGUCCAUCGACCGCAAGACCGUGGAGCUCCGGCUGACCGACAACUUCAUCACGGCCAUCCGCCGGAAAGACUUCGUGAACAUGACGAGUCUGGUGCACCUCACGCUGUCACGCAACACCAUCAGCCAGAUCACCCCGCACUCCUUCGUGGGUUUGAAGUCCCUCCGAGCGUUACACAUGGACGGAAACCGGCUGACGGUCAUCACCAGCGACCAGCUGAAGGGUUUGGUCAACCUGAGACACCUCAUCCUGGGCAACAAUCAGAUUCACCACGUCGAGCCGACGUCCUUCGACGAGUUCGUGUCCACCAUCGAGGACUUGGACUUGUCCUACAACAACCUGAGGACGUUACCCUGGGAGGCGAUCGCCCGGAUGACCACCAUCAACACGUUAACGCUGGACCACAAUCUGAUCGACCACGUCGACGUCGGGACCUUCACGCUCCUCACGAAGCUGGUGCGCCUGGACAUGACAUCCAACCGUCUCCAGACGCUCCCGCCGGACACGCUGUUCCAACACGCGCAAGUCCUGUCGGAUCCCAAGACGUCCAGCUCCAACAAGCUAGCCGUGAGUUUCGGCGGAAACCCUCUCCACUGUAACUGCGAGUUGCUCUGGUUGCGCCGCCUGACGAGAGAGGACGAUCUAGAGACCUGUGCCUCUCCGGAGCACCUGAUGGACAAGUAUUUCUGGUCCAUUCAGGAAGAGGAGUUCAUCUGCGAGCCGCCGCUCAUCACCAAACACCAGGUCACCAAACCCUACGUCAUGGAGGGUCAAGGCGUCACGCUGAAGUGCAAGGCGAUGGGCGACCCCGAUCCCGCUAUCCACUGGCGCUUUCCCGACGGAAAGUUGGUGCAUAACAACUCCCGCACGAUCCUGUACGACAACGGCACCCUAGACAUCCUGAUCACCACGCUCAAAGACAGCGGCGCCUUCAACUGUGUCGCCUCCAACGCCGCGGGAAUCGCCACGGCUGCCGUCGAGGUCAACAUGAUCCCGCUCCCGCUGUUCGUCAACAACACGGGUCACAUGAGGGAGGCGGAUCCGGGCCUCUCCGACAUCACCACGUCCACCAAAUCCGGCAGCAACGACACCAAGCCGCAGAACAAGAGGGUUGUGGUGGAAAACCUGACCGCCAACUCCGCCGUGAUCCACUGGCCCUCCGAACGCCACAUCCCCGGCAUCCGGAUGUAUCAGAUCCAGUAUAACAGCACCAUAGACGACACCCUGGUGUACAGGAUGAUUCCCUCGGCGAGUAAGACGUUCAAGAUCAACGAUCUGGCGGCGGGUCGAGAGUACGAGCUGUGUGUGUUGGCGGUGUACGACGACGGCAUCACGUCUCUGACGGCCACGCGCGUGGUGGGGUGUGUUCAGUUCCACACGGCGGCGGAGGCGGGUCACUGUCGCUUCGUCCCCAGUCAGUUCCUCGGCGGGACCAUGAUCAUCAUCAUCGGCGGCAUCAUCGUGGCGUCCGUGCUCGUCUUCAUCAUCAUCCUCAUGAUCCGAUAUAAGGCGUACAGCGGCACCGACGGGGCCAAGGCCAAAGCGCAGCCAGACACGAGUGUGAGCAUGCACUCGCAGACGAACGGGAGCAGACCGGCGCGGUCCGGGGCGAAGCAUCGCAGCGAGGAGUGUCCCGAGUCUCCCGGCGGGAAGGACUGCAAGGCGCUGGUUCUCCUGAAGAUGGACGAGACUCAGGAGGAGCUGAAGGUGGACCUCCCGCCGAUGUGCUCGGAGAAAGCGGCGCCGGCGUCCCGACGGGCGAGUGUGUGCGGGCCGCCCUCGGACGACACGCACACGGACAGCAGCCUCACGGGGUCCACCAUGUCCCUGUGUCUGAUCGGGCCCGGAUCCGGCCCGGGCCCGGCCGAACCCCCGCGGAAGGGCCCGCUAGCCAACAUGGGACUCCUACCCAGCGAGCUGGCCCGGACUCGGCACCGCUUCUCCUUCGACGGAGACUAUGCUCUGUUCCAGAGCCACAGUUACCCGCGCCGGGCUCGAACCCGGCGGCACAAGUCCACCACUCACCUGAACACUGACGCGUCGCCGCCCUGCAGUCGCAGGGUCACGUUCAGCAGCACAGAGUGGAUGUUGGAGAGUACGGUGUGACACACUGAGAGAAACAUUAACGGCACGUGCACACACAUGUUUUACGUUUUGACGUUGUUGCUGUAACACACGUGCGAUACGCGACACUGCUCCGAAACCUAGUGAGCCGUCCAUCCGUCCGCAAAACUGACUUACAGGAUGCGUUAAAUUGCUCAAAAGUUACAGUAAAGACAUUUUUUAUCAUUUGCCAAUAAAUUCGUUACUUUGAACUUGCUUUUAAUCAAAGAAUCGUACAAAAAUGGUAGCGCUUUACAAUAAGGUUCAUUUAUUAAACAUUGGUUAAUGUAUUGUAUCCAGCUGUUCAUGGUAGUUCACAAUGCGUUAACUAAUGUUAACAAGAUUUUAAGAUUCAAACAUUGAAGAAGUAUUGUCCAACUAAUGUGUUACCUAAAAAAUUACAUGCGUCAGUUUCCACAAUACUGUGAUAAAGUGAUAAUAAUCAUGUUUCUUGAUCAUCAGAUACAGUGAUUUCUGUAGGAUCAUGUGACACUGAAGACUAGAGUCAUGAUGAUGAAAAUUCAGCUUUGAACACAGGAAAAAUAUAGAAUUCACAUAGAAAAUAGAUAUUUUGAAUAGUAAAUAUUUUUACUGAAUUUUUGAUCAAAUAAAUGCAGCCUUGGUGAGCAUAUAAAAUUGUAGAGACCCCAAACUUUUGAAAGCUCGUUUAUAUUAAUCAUUCCAGUGGUUCUGAAGUGGUUUUACAUUAAAAAAUUGUUUUUCAUCUAUUUUGAAUCAUACAAAAUUGUAUUUUAAUUCUUCGCACCAGUGAUUCACCACUAAUGUAUUUAAUGUCACCUGGGUCGCAUUUGCUUUACAUUAUCAGUAUUGCUCAUAUUUUUUCAAAAUGUAGUUAUUAGUGGUACGUCCACUCACAUUCUUAUAUGAUUUAUGAAGUUUAUAAGCAAACAGGCUAAAAAAAAGUUGAUUUUAAAUUACUAUAGUGGUAUUAUAGUUAUCAUUUUUAUAUUUUCA